AAUGGGUUGAGCAUGAGCUCAUUAUUCCACGCACUACCAUGGUAGAAAGUAGAAACCAAAUAAUCAAGCUCAUCAUUUUUGCCCCAACAGAAAAGCGUCUGGUUUUGGCGGGAAACAACAGAGUUCAGAAACGCAACGCAAAUGGCGAACAAGCUCAUCAACCAGAUGAGUUUACCUAAAUCCAUCGCUAAUAUCUUCACCGCUCGCAACAUCAUCACCGCCAAGGAUGCAUUAUCUCUCACUGAAUUUGAAUUGAUGGAGUUGUUGGAUGUUGGGAUGGCAGAAGUAGCAUCUGCAAUGGCGCAUAUUAGCGAAGUUGUGUGUCCACCUUGCCAAACUGCAUUACUUCUGAUGGAGCAGCGAGUACGAAACGAAAGCAUGGCUGGUCAUCUUCCCACUCGUUUGAAAGGAUUGGAUGAAGCUUUAUGCGGCGGUAUUCCGUUUGGUGUUUUGACAGAAUUGGUUGGUCCACCAGGAAUUGGCAAAACACAGUUUUGCUUGAAGCUCUCAUUGUUGGCUUCGUUGCCGGCUAAUUUUGGAGGCUUAGAUGGCCGGGUGAUAUAUAUUGACGUUGAAUCUAAAUUUAGUUCAAAAAGAUUGAUAGAGAUUGGAACAAAGAGUUUUCCUGAAAUAUUUCACAAGAAGGGAAUGGCACAGGAGAUGGCCGGUAGAAUCCUGAUCUUACGUCCUACAUCACUUUCUGAAUUUGCUGAGAGUUUGCACCGGAUCAAAGUAUCACUCCUCCAGCAACAAGUGAAGUUGCUCAUCAUUGAUAGCAUGGCUGCUCUUGUUUUAGGUGAACAUGAUUGUGGGGCUUCUAAGCAACAAGCAUUGGGUUGGCACGUCUCUUUUAUCAAGUCACUUGCUGAAUUUUCACGAAUUCCAAUUGUAUUGACAAAUCAAGUAAGAUCUCAAAUGGGUGAUGAAUCUCUCAUGUAUUCCUUUCAAGCUCAAAGCCGCUCUACAAAAGAAGACGUUCCUGUUACAUUUGACUCUCAUCUUGUUGCUGCUUUGGGAAUUAACUGGGCUCAUGCCGUGACCAUCCGUCUUGUACUUGAAUCCAAAUCAGAUGCUCAGUUUCUUGCAGGUCAAAGGUUUAUUAAGCUGGCGAAAUCUCCAAUUUCACCACCUUUGGCUUUUCCUUUUAACAUUACUUCAUCAGGGAUUGUUUUGCUUGAUGAUAAUGGGAUAGAGAUGAAAGGGCCAGAUAUAAACAAUAUACACUGCCAAGGACAAAAUGCUUUGUUUAAUUUUUAAAGGUGAAAGGAGACAAAUUGGGACUACUAGUUCCCUUCAGCAAUCUAUUUUGCUUUCAGAUAUUACCAGGUAACUUGCUCUGCAUUUGUCACCACUAACAAGUUAACAACUAUGUUUCUCAUAUAUGUAAGGUAUACAUCUGUCUCACUAUUUGGCUUCUGCUGUCAAUCACCAUCUGUCUCAUCUUGUUGGACUGGUGGGUUGUCUGGAGGUUGUGUUAUAAAUUAUGAAGAUCAUGCAACAUACUUCUACGUAGAUUUUUUCUGCUAUGGAUGUAUUGAACGGUAUAUAGUUUGGAAAUGUUGAUGAUAAGCUACCAUUUGCCUUGAUAUAGUUCUUAACAACACGAAAAGGCCCCAGUUUUGAUUACAUUGGUUUCAGGAUAUGACACAGGUUAUGCUAAUAAGUCUAACAUGUCUGAGACAUGUGUGGGGAAGAGUCAUUUUAACAAUAUAUUAUAUUCUUGAUGAUAUAAGUCUUAACAGCAUGAAAUGGCCUAGAUAUCUUGACUCAAGAUUGUCUGUAACUACAACUUCAUGUAGAAGUGGUGCAGUGGUUUUUCUAUGUUGCAUGAAUUUCUGGAAAGUAUUAAACUAGUAAAAUAACUGAAAUACUAUUA